GGCUUUCCGUUGUUCCGCGCAGACGCUUUGCGUGCGCAGGAGUGGGAGGAGCUCUUUUCGGCUUCGGCGCAGGCGCAGCGGUUCCCGGGCGACGGCGGCAGCAUGGACGACGAGGAGGAGACCUACCGGCUGUGGAAGAUCCGCAAGACCAUCAUGCAGACAGGUGAUUCUUUGUCUCUGCAGCUGUGUCAUGACCGUGGCUACCUGGUGACCCAGGAUGAGCUGGACCAGACACUUGAGGAGUUCAAGGCUCAGUUUGGGGACAAACCCAGUGAAGGAAGACCCAGGCGCACAGACCUGACAGUGCUGGUGGCCCACAACGAUGAUCCCACAGACCAGAUGUUUGUGUUCUUCCCAGAGGAGCCCAAGGUGGGUAUCAAGACCAUCAAGGUGUACUGCCAGCGCAUGCAGGAGGAGAACAUCACUCGGGCGCUGAUCGUGGUGCAGCAGGGCAUGACGCCCUCUGCCAAGCAGUCCCUGGUGGACAUGGCCCCUAAGUAUGUGCUGGAGCAGUUCCUACAGCAAGAGCUGCUCAUUAACAUCACGGAACACGAGCUGGUCCCUGAGCAUGUGGUCAUGACCAAGGAGGAGGUGACAGAGCUGCUGGCUAGAUACAAGCUUCGUGAGAGCCAGCUGCCUAGGAUCCAGGCAGGGGACCCAGUGGCACGCUACUUUGGAAUCAAACGAGGACAGGUCGUGAAGAUCAUCCGGCCCAGUGAGACAGCUGGCCGCUACAUCACCUACCGCCUAGUGCAGUAGCCCAGCCUCAGGUGAGCCUCUCACCAUAGUGAGGGCUCAGCACUGUUCCUGGAUGAGCCCCACCUGCCACCAGACUCUGCUGCCUGUUCUUGACCCAGCUAGCACACUGCCCUGCCAGGGUCCCAGCACAGGGCACCAUCCUGUUCUGAAAAGUAGGACUGUGUCUCAGGGCAGCCUGGACCACAUCUACACCUGCUUUUGUGGGUGAGACACAGCCUAGGCAUUUGAGAGGACCCAUUUGGUGGAAGGAAAGACUGACUCUUCCUGCAAGCUGUCCUCUGACCUCCAUGCGCACACCAUGGCAACUGUGCAUGUACCCACAAAAAUUAAAAUCUAAUGGGAGUGCAGACUUUAAUACCAACACCCAGGAGGCAGAGGCAGGCGGAUCUCAGAAUUCCAGGCCAACCUGGCCUACAUCCUGAGAUAUUAUCUCAAAAAACAAACUGUACUAUUGCCAGGCUAAAUCCUAGCCCUCUGGAGACUGAGGCAGGAGGAUUUUAACUUCAAGGCGAGUUUGUGGACUCUUUAGCAAGAACUGGUUCAACACCAGCAUUCUGGCAUGAGACCCUGGUCUAAGAAACAAUAAAACGGAACCCCACACAGCAUGGACCAUGCUCAUAAUCCUCCUCCGAGCCAGCUGAUCUGUACCUCCCAACUCUACUGGCACCCUCCUCCCACCCAGCACCCUAAUGGACAGUUGGCCCUUGACUGCUGCUCCCAUGGCCGUAAGGGUAUGGGCCAUAACCUGUUUGCCUUACAGGGUUUCUCUGUAGCUCUUGAGCCUGUCCUGGAACUAACUCGCUCUGUAGACCAUCCCUGUCUCAGAAAAAACAAACAAACAAACAUAUUUUGAGGA